AUGCCUGGAGAAGCCCUGGAUGUCCAGAACAAGGCACUGUCCAAGGCCGAGAAGGGGCCGCUGCACCAGCAGGGCCCAAGAGAGCUGCCCGUGGUGGUCCGGGCCCACGCCUGUGGGAAUGGCUUCAGGAGGAGGCCUUACGGUGCCCGGAAGGACCUUGGAGAAGGCCCCUACCUGCUAGUGACCUUGCUGAGGGGCAUGCUCAGAGUAGAUGGCCUCUCAGCAUCUCCACCGCUGGGCACGGAUGUGGUCAUGCACCCUGGGGCCUCACGGUCCUAUCCUCCACUCACUCCUGGCUCCCAACCCCAGCCGGCUUGGGCGCAGCCCCUGCCACCGCCCAUGGCCCCAUUACUCCUGCCCGGCAGCACCCUGUUGCAGCCAGCUCACCCCGGGACACCUCGGGGGGCUCCUGCUGACCAUGGCCCCAUUGCCCCAGGGAUUGCAACCCCUGCAGGGGACAGUGUUGUGGCCGCCCCGGCUGUUGCAGCAGCUCGGGCUGGCAAGGGAGGGUUGGCCCCAGGCCUUCCUCCUCAAGCUGCACCACCAGCUGCCCAGAUGGCCUUCAUCCUGCCCCCAGGGAGCUCUGGGCCAUGGCCACAUGGCACCUCUGGGGCAGGCAGCCUGCAUGCCUCCCAGCACAGGGGCCCUCGGGAGGACGCCUGUGACCAUAGGAGCGUCUAUCAGAACUUCCGACGCUGGCAGCGCUUCAAGUCCCUGGCCCGGAGCCACCUGCCCCAGAGCCCUGAUGCGGAAGCUCUCUCCUGCUUUCUCAUCCCAGUGCUUCGCACCCUGGCUCGCCUGAAGCCCACCAUGACGCUGGAGGAGGGAAUGCGGCGGGCCACGCAGGAAUGGCAGCACACGAGCAACUUUGAGAGGAUGCCCUUUUAUGAAAUGGCAGCAAAGUUCAUGGAAUUUGAGGCAGAGGAUGAGAUCCGGAUGGAGAACUUGUCAUGCACGAAGGGGGUGCAGGGCAUGCCUCCUCCAGCUCCACCAAAGCCGGCUCCUCAGGAACCCACAUCCCGCAAACUGGGCACUCGGCCAGUUAACCACCUUCCCACUGGAGGUCAAGGCAAAGCCUGUGCUCCAAGGAAACACGGCCCCAGGGUCCAGCCCACACGCCCAAGGCCACGCAGAUCCCGGCAGCCGCUGGAGAACAAGGCCCUCAAGGAGAGCCCCCCUGAGGCUGUGAGAGAGUGUGGGGACAUCAUGGAGGCACUGGUGGGUCCUGGGCCCUCAGCCACGGGGGAGUCAGAUGCGGAAUGUGGAGAGGAGGGAAAUGACCUGGCGCAGGACGAGGACGACCUUCCCGGACCGGAACUCCUCAGCUACAUUGACAAGCUGUGUUCCCAGGAGGACUUUGUCACCAAGGUGGAGGCGGUCAUUCACCCCCGAUUCCUGGCAGAAUUGCUUUCCCCAGAACCAGAGCUGGAUCUCUCGGCCCUGGCUGAGGAGCUGGAGCAGGAGGAAGGACUCUCCCCUGAAGAGCUGGUGCAGAAACGAGCCCUGGCCUCGAAGGAGGAGGACGGGGUGCCGGCCACCCCCAAUCACAGGGCACCCCAGCUGGACUCAAGCCCUUCCGAGUCUGCUGCCGGCCAAGAUGCCCAGAGGAACGAGCAAGGCCCACAGCCCGGGCCAGAGAUGAAACCUAGAAUGGGCCUCAGCCAGGCCCCCCGGCAGCUGCCAAGUCUAGGAAGCGGGCUCUGUGUGGAGGCCCCGGCCGCUGCUGAGAAGCUGCCCAGGCCUAGGGCUGACCUGCGAGGCUCUGGGAGGCCCGCCCUGGCUCUGGGGCUGGUUGGCCCUUCAGAGCCCCAAACGAGCAG